GCAUUGCAAAAUGGAGAAUUGCAACAAGCCAAGGUUUCCAUCAUGUCCAACCUUGACUGCAAGGCAAUCGAGACCCCUGGCAAAUACGUGACGGACAACACUCUCUGUAUUACUUCGACUUUUGGUAAUAGAUACACGUGUCUGAUUGACGUCGGCGGUCCAGUCGUCACUUUACCAUCGCCAGGGGCCUGGACCGUAGUCGGAAUCAACAGCUACACCAAGGAUUGCGCUACCAACGGCCUGAAAACCCGAGUGGCUGCGUUCAGGGCCUGGAUCGACACAUACAUGAAAUAAAAAUGUAAACCGGAAAACGGCCAAUCGGAAAUAGCCAAGACGACGAACAACACGGAAUGACACGAUUCUGAAAUUCUAGCCAUUCUUUUCUAGUUUUACAGUUUGUUGAAUUCGGUUUUAGUUGAGUGAUAAU